UUUUUAAGGAAAAAUUUUCAGAGGACAAAAUGACUUCUAAUGUAAAUAAAAAGAAUAAAUAUUAUAAUCUCGAUGAGAUUCCCUCAACUUUUCAAUGCACAGAACUUGCCUUAAAUGCUUCAACAUCAAAAAAUAAAUUAAUUUCCAACACCUUUACUUUUACAAAUUUAAUGAAAAUUGCUCAAAAAAUUUUAAAUUUAUUUAAAGAAGACAAGAAUCAGGUUAUUGGGGUUGUAAUGGAAAAAAGUGCUUUGCUUGUUGGUGUUUUAAUUGGGUCAGGUUUUUUUUUAAUUUAAAAAAUAUUUUUGAAAGAAAGUGGAGAAAGCAGGGAUGUGACAGGCUUGGGAGAAGGGAUCGCAUUUAUAAAAAUUUCCUCCCGAUCAGGUUUCGUGGUUCAGGUCGAAAAAGCCCAUAUUUUCGGGUAACCCUUCCUAUCCCUGAGCCGCGGCCCUCCAAUUGUCUACCCCUUAAAAAAUUUUUUUCGUCCGGGAGCUCAUCCCCUCCCAUUAUUUCUUUUUCACACAAAAACACAUCCCUAAUAUUGCCUUCCCUCUCUUCCAUUCCUAAUUUCUGACCAUCAAAAAAUUUUUUUUUCGUCUC